UGGGAUUCUGCAGCUCUCCAGGGAGCCUGUGGAGCAGGAGGUCACACAGCAGCUUUCAGUUUGCAUCCCACUGGCUGCUGAACUMCUUCAUCCCAAGGCAGAAGGCAUUGCUUUCCAAUCUGGAGUAUGAAAUGAGGGUGCCUUGGAAGAUGCUUUUUUAGAAGUCUCACUUCCUCGUGUUUUACAAAAGGAAGAACAUUGAAUGACCCCAAAUUGUGACGCUGUGAUUGAAGUCCACAUCGCUGCUGCUCUUAUGGAUGCGUGAAGGUUGCUGUCGCGUAGCUGUGUCUUAACCAAAGACGGCUUCGUUUUGAUAUUCCUGUCUGAAUGUGGUAGGAUAUACCUAGUAAUAGCUAGAGAAGUAUUUGAUCAUGCAUCGUGUCCUGAGAUAGCUACACAGAAGGGGAAUUUUAGAAAGGUGAAGCUGGAAGAUCUCUGAUCAAGAGAACUGUAAACAUGUUGUGUUGGGGAAACGCAUCUUUUGGACAGCUUGGAUUGGGUGGAAUUGAUGAAGAGAUUGUUUUAGAACCUCGCAAAAGUGGCUUUUUCUUAAAUAAAAGGGUCCGAGAUGUGGGCUGUGGACUCAGACAUACUGUUUUUGUCCUGGAUGAUGGGACAGUUUAUACGUGUGGCUGCAAUGAUCUAGGACAACUAGGGCACGAGAAAGCCAGGAAGAGACCCGAGCAUGUUGGUGCACUGGAUGCCCAAAAUAUUGUAGCUGUAUCAUGUGGAGAAGCUCACACGCUCGCAUUAAAUGACAAGGGUCAGGUAUAUGCAUGGGGCUUGGCUACUGAUGGACAGCUUGGCUUGCCUGGAACGGAGGAGUGCGUCAGAGUACCCAGAAAUAUUAAAAGCUUAUCAGAGAUCCAAAUUGUGCAAGUUGCUUGUGGUUAUUAUCACUCACUUGCACUCUCAAAAGGAAGUGAAGUAUUUUCCUGGGGACAAAAUAAAUAUGGCCAGCUGGGUUUAGGUUAUGAAUAUAAAAAGCAAACAUCACCACAUGUAAUUAAGUCUCUGCUGGGAAUCCCUUUUGCACAAAUUGCAGCAGGAGGAGCUCAUAGUUUUGUACUAACUCUUUCUGGAGCCAUUUUUGGAUGGGGACGAAACAAAUUUGGACAGUUGGGUCUUAAUGAUGAUAAUGACAGAUAUGCUCCUACCCUGCUGAAGUCGUUGAGAACUCAGAAAGUUGUUCAUAUAUGUUGCGGAGAAGAUCAUACUGCUGCUCUUACAAAGGAAGGUGGGGUUUUCACAUUUGGAGCUGGAGGCUAUGGUCAGUUGGGUCAUAACUCUACCAGCCACGAGAUAAACCCAAGGAAAGUUUUUGAACUUAUGGGAAGUGUUGUCACACAGAUCACUUGUGGAAGGCAGCACACUACUGCAUUUGUUCCUUCAUCUGGAAGAAUAUAUUCUUUUGGACUUGGAGGUAAUGGACAAUUAGGUACAGGAACAACAAGUAAUAGGAAAAGUCCAUUCACAGUAAAAGGAAACUGGCUUCCUUACACUAAUCAGUGCCCACUAGGUGCAGACAGUGAGGAAUUUUACUGUGUAAAGAAAAUUUUCUCUGGUGGGGACCAAAGUUUUGCACACUACUCUAAUCCACAGAAUAUGGUACCACCAGAUGAUUUCAGGUAUCCUGACUUUUUGAAGCAGAUUUGGACUGUGAAUGAAGCGUUUAUUCAGAAAUUGUUGUCUUUCCCAUCCGGAAGACUUCCUGCGGAGAUAGCUAAUGAAAUCGAUGGAACGUUUUCCUCAGCUGGGUGCCUGAAUGGGAGCUUUUUGGCUUUGAGCAAUGAUGAUCAUUACAAAACCAGUGCUCGAUUCUCAGGGGUUGAUAUGAAUGCUGCUAGACUGCUAUUUCACAAACUUAUACAGCCUGACCAUGCUCAUAUAUCACAACAGGUUGCAGCUAGUUUGGAAAAGAACCUCAUUCCCAAAUUGACAAGCUCCUUACCAGAUGUUGAAGCCUUGAGGCUGUAUCUCACACUACCAGAGUGCCCACUGAUGAGUGAUGCAAAUAAUUUUACAACGUUAGCUAUUCCUUUUGGAGCAGCUAUUCUGAACCUAGAAAAAGCUCCUCAAAAAGUUCUUGAAAACUGGUGGUCUGUACUUGAACCUCCGUUGUUCCUCAAGAUAGUGGAACUCUACAAGGAUGUCGUAGUGCACCUCCUAAAGCUCUACAAGAUUGGCAUUCCUGCUUCUGAAAGAAGAAUAUUUACCAACUUUCUACACACUGCUUUCAGAGUUCUGGAAAUUCUGCAUAAAGUAAAUGAAAGAGGACAAGUUAUACAGUAUGACAGAUUUUAUAUUCAUGAGAUACCAGAUUUGAUAGAUAUCAGAAAUGACUAUUUCAACUGGGUCCAGCAGCAGGUAUUUGGAAUGUUAACAGAUAUUCCUGUUACAAUUUGCACGUACCCAUUUGUAUUUGAUGCCCAAGCAAAGACGACUCUCUUGCAAACAGAUGCAGUCAUACAGAUGCAGAUGGCUGUUGAUCAGGCUCAUAGGCAGAAUUUGUCAUCUCUCUUUCUGCCUGUGUUUGAAUCUGUSAACCCAUGCCUGAUAUUAAUGGUGCGAAGAGACAAUAUUGUGGGAGAUGCUGUGGAAGUCCUAAGGAAAACCAAGAACGUAGACUACAAGAAACCCCUCAAGGUUAUUUUUGUAGGGGAAGAAGCUGUUGAUGCUGGAGGUGUUCGCAAAGAAUUUUUUUUGCUUAUCAUGAGGGAGCUKCUAGAUCCCAAAUACGGCAUGUUCAGAUACUAUGAAGAGUCGCGACUGAUCUGGUUCUCAGAUAAGACUUUUGAAGACAGUGACUUGUUCCAUUUGAUUGGUGUUGUCUGUGGCCUAGCAAUAUAUAACUUUACUAUCGUAGACCUUCAUUUCCCUUUGGCUUUGUACAAAAAGCUGCUGAAUAAAAAGCCAUCUCUGGAUGAUUUAAAAGAGUUGAUGCCAGAUGUUGGCAGGAGCAUGCAACAGUUACUGGACUAUCCGGAGGAUGACAUAGAGGAAAUAUUUUGUCUUAAUUUUACUAUUACUGUGGAAAAUUUUGGUACAACAGAAAUUAAAGAGCUUGUUCCUAAUGGUGCUGACAUUCCUGUAGUCAAACAAAAUAGGCAAGAUUUUGUGGAUGCAUAUGUGGAUUACAUCUUCAAUAAAUCAGUGGCGUCCUUGUUCAGUGCAUUCCAUGCAGGCUUCCACAAAGUGUGUGGAGGCAAAGUUCUUCAGCUCUUCCAGCCCAGCGAGCUGCAGGCAAUGGUGAUUGGGAACACUAAUUAUGAUUGGAAGGAGUUGGAGAAGAAUACAGAAUACAAAGGAGAAUAUUGGGCAGACCAUCCUACAAUUAAAAUAUUCUGGGAGGUUUUUCAUGAGUUGACCUUGGAGAAGAAAAAGCAGUUUCUAUUGUUUCUGACAGGCAGUGAUCGUAUUCCAAUUCUUGGAAUGAAGUGUCUUAAACUAGUCAUCCAACCAACAGGAGGUGGAGAAGGUUAUCUUCCAGUAGCUCACACUUGCUUUAAUCUUCUUGAUCUUCCAAAAUACACAGAUAAAAAAACCCUAAAAUCUAAGCUGAUCCAGGCUAUAGAUCACUAUGAAGGUUUCAGUCUAGUAUAACUUCAGAAAUGAGAGUUCUGUGUAAUGUGGGAUCAUUAAACUAACUUUUUUUUGUCUUUCUUGUGGUGGUAAAUUCAGUGGAUAAAAUGAUGGAGACGAUAAUAUAACUGAUUAUUUGCAAAAUGUUCAGUGGUAUGGAUAUUCAUGGGAGCCAAAAAGUAAUUACAGAAAUGAAGAACUGUCUUAAUACAUCCAUUCUUGUACAGAACCAUGUGUUUUAUGCCAUCUUACAAUAAAAACGAGAGUAUUGUGAAUGGAAGUCAAGCUUCACUAACAUGAAUUAACAUUUCACCUUCUGCAAAUAAUUUGGUGUGUGAGUGCAUGAGAGACUUGCCUACGUUUUUCAGAUCACUGAGUAAGAAYAUUUAGCUCCUUCCCUGGUAAAUUUACUUGAUAACUUUUCAUUUUGUAAAUAAACUUUUUUUGUGAUAAAAUAAUUAUGUUCCAAUAGCRGUAUGGUUUCUAUUGCUUGUAAUGAAUAUGAGCUUAUUUUAUGUCUUUUAACAAGAAGUGACUACUCUGAUUUCUGAAGAUAUAUUUUUCUGGUUUCUUUUAAGAACCUUAAUAAUGGAAGUGAUUGCUCAAAAGACAUUCAUCUUCAGAAUGUACAAUCCAAUGAUUUCCGUGAAGCAAUCGCUUAGUGCUGGUACAAAACUACAAAUAAYGGCUUUUAUAAUAUAUGGGUGGACAUGGUGACUUAAUACACGUUUAUUUUUAAAGACUGCUUCUGUAAUUAUGUGGACACAAUUAUAAAAGAGGUUAAUUUAUCAAUGGCAACCUCUGCAGCCAUGGGUCAAGAAUACAGCCUAGCAGCAAAAGAUGCACCAGACAGAUGUUACUGUCAAGAGGUUAAAUGUUUAUUUUUUAAAUGCUGAAAGCGUAGUUUAUGCUUUCUAAUAGAAUUUUCACUUUUUUCCAGAUAAAUGCAUUUGAAAUAACUCUUUAACACACCCCUUCCCUUUUCUUAAAGUUUAUUUUUAGUAUAAGUGCCCUGAGACAAUUGUGCUUAGCUGAACACUUUUGGAUUUGACUUUCUUCCUUUGGUUAAGCUCCCGAUUGUUUGUGGUGUUAAUGCAUAUGUGACUUGCAGCUGUGAAACAAAUAUUUAUUUUUUUUAGAUUUUUAAAUGCAGUGAAAACAAUUCAAGCUAUAAUAAAAGAC